UGAGAAAUCACCUCCUGGCCGGGAACCAAACAAAACAUGGGAUUAACUUUGCCCUAUGCGUGUGCUGGCUUGUAGCUGUUAAGAGUCAGUGAGAGCAUUUAAUCCGGUCAGUCUGGGAAGAGCGGUGCCUGUAGAGAUGGGAGCCAAGCUGCUGUGCCUCUUCCUCGCCUCUGCCCUCAUCGCUUACUACAUCUACACUCCAAUCCCCGAGGAUGUUGAGGAGCCCUGGAAAGUGAUGCUAAUCACGGCUAGCUUCAGGGCUAUGGGGCAUCUGGCUGAGGUUGCUGAUCGGCUGGGGAUGAUGCACUAUAUGGAUGCCCUGAUGCUGCUCACAGCUGCCGAGUAUGUCGCACCCACAUCUGAUGAAAACAUCACUGUGACAGACACAGAGUUCAGCAAUGUUGCCGUCCGGCUGUACCUGCCCAGAAGGGCAUCUGAUGGGCUGAGAAGGGCAGUGAUCUACUUCCAUGGUGGAGGAUGGUGUGUAGGAGAUGCAGGCAUGAAAUCCUAUGAUCAUCUGACAAGGUGGACUUCAAAUAUGUUAAAUGCUGUCGUGGUAUCAGUCAAUUACAGGUUGGCACCUAAAUACCGUUUUCCGGUUCAAUUUGAAGAUGUGUAUUCAGUAACGAAGUUUUUCCUCCAGAGCAGCGUCCUCUCCCAGUAUGGGGUAGACCCAGAUCGGAUCUGUGUAGCAGGAGACAGUGCAGGUGGCAACUUAGCUGCAGCUGUGGCACAACAGCUGUUAAAGGAUUCUGAAGUUAAAACUAAACUCAAAGUCCAGGCUUUGGUUUACCCUGCUCUUCAAACCCUUGACAUGAAUUUGCCAUCUUACCAAGAAAAUGAAUACAAGCCCAUUUUACCCAAGUUGCUUAUGGUCAAGUUCUGGAGUGAAUAUUUCACUUCCGAUUCAUCUCUCAGGGAGGCGAUGGCUUCCAACAGGCACGUCCCAGUUGAAUCGAGCCACUUAUUUCACUUUGUAAACUGGAGCAAUUUGCUGCCUGAAGAACUGAAGAAAGAUUGUGUUUAUACCAGUCCCACCUACGGAAGCUCCGAGCUCGCUCAGAAGUACCCGGGGUUUCUGGAUACCCGGGCGGCCCCGCUGCUGGCGAGCGAUGCCCAGCUCCGCGGGCUGCCCCUCACCUACAUCCUCACCUGCGAGCAUGACGUCUUACGGGAUGAUGGAGUCAUGUAUGCUGAGCGUCUCCGGGCAGUGGGCGUUUCUGUCACGCAUGAUCAUGCCAAGGAUGCCUUUCAUGGGGCGAUGAUGUUUGUCUCGAGUCCAGCUGAGUUAGCUGUAGGGCACCGGCUGCUGAAGAGAUAUAUUGAGUGGUUAAAUGACAAUCUAUGAAUCGAAAAUGUUUCUCUAGUGUACCCGGCUCAUGUUUACUUGGUGCGAUUGAGGAGCAUAAGAGAAUAGGAGUUAUGUGAGUUUCUGGGUGUGAUUGCCAUCUUCGUUGUGUUGCCCUGCAGCGUCUGGAUUGCAGCGUUUCUCAUCAUCUCUGGCGGGAACAUCGGUCUGAUUCUAACCUAAGUGUUCUUUCGGUGCUGUUGUCUGAGCUCAGAACCCCAUAAACCACCAGGCUGCCCUGGGAUUUCUCUCCUGGCCAAGACCAGAAGGGCUGGUGUGCCUGACCCUGCCCACUCGCUGCCUGGGCUUGUGAGCCUGUGGGACUUGAUCUCUCGUGCUGGUUGCUUCUUGUUUCUUCCUAUCACAAUGUCUUCAUAUCGCAGGCCUGUGCAAAUGGGCAAGGUCACCAUCUGCACAUGAGAGGUGCUUGGUGGCACCUUGCUCCCUAUCCCCUUUGGCAUAGGAUUAGGAUAUCCCUAUCCCACCUUUGUCCUGUGGGACAAGCCAGUGAGGCCCCGCUGCCACCACCGGGCGAUGGGGUUGAGCGGAGGUGCAAGGACCCAACUUGAUGAAGUCCUCAACAGCUUGUGAAACCCUGCCCAUCGCACGUGGCUGCUGGGCUUGUGCAGUAGUCUCUCUCCAGCACAGCUCAAGGGAAGCGCUUGAAAAACCAAAUGGGAUGGCUGUAACAGUGCAAAGGUUUGGGGUUUUCAGUUUUGCUUGUUUUUUUUAAAAAGUAUCUGUCUUACUCAGUAAUCGCUUUAAUAGCUAUACUACAAGGAAAUAGCCUAACAAAACGUCACUGGAUAUUCCUCAGAUAAAGGAAGACUAUGAAGGUCCUAGCCUUACAAUAGCACUGCUGUAUGUUUUAUGCUCCACUUAUCAAAUAAGUGUUCUAAUGAUCCUUAAAAUUGUUUAGCGGUUCUUACAUAUGAAUUUUUAAAAAGAAAAUUAUCUUAGUAGCCCUAUAGCCUUGAAAAAGAAACACAAUUCAGCUUGAAUGACUAUCUUCUAUAUAAAUGUUUUAUGCAGUAAAUAUAUACCCUAAAAAUUCUGAAUGAUGAAUACAAAAAUUAAACUUGUCUUUGAUUCCAAUGCGAUGUACUUUUGUCACUCGAGUAUCCCAUUUAUCAGAAAGGAAUAACGAGUUGGCUUUAGUACACACGGUAGCUAUUGCAAACAACCAGGACCAAACCCAGGGAGAUGUUGUUUUACUUCUGCUGUUACUGUUAAUGUGAAUCCUAAGUAAAGUGUGACUGUGCUUAUUGAAGAGAGAAACAGAAGUGGCUGAGUAGGUACAUGUUAUCAACAAAAGGAUGCUGAAGCUUUUGCUGGGGCUGGAGAGCAGCGGGGAGCUGAGCCUGGCUGUGGGGAGGGCUGGGCUCCUGCUCGCCCCAGGAGACGGGUCAGAACACUGGGUUUGGUGUCGCAGCAGGAGCGUUACGUUUCUGUGCUGCUGAAUCCAUCCUUGAAAUAGCGAGUGCCUUGAUGAUAGCAUACCAACCAUAAAAUGUACCAUGGGAUUAAAAAGCAUCACAUAUAACCCCCGUGCACAGCAUUGCAAUGUGUUUGUACGUUCUCAGGACACAGAAUUAUUGAGGUUGGAAAAUGUGUUCAUGCAAGCUCCCAGUGUACUUGGGAAGUUAUUUCUCACAGUGCUCUCCAUAAUGCUGCUGGCAGGUCCCAGCUCUUGCCCGUGAGACUGGCGUCCCAUCUGCUGGCAGCAGAUAUCUUGACUGGAGUUUCAUUUGUCAUUGGGGAUUAAUUAACAGCAGUUUAUUAUUCCUGAGGAAGUAGGGUUUUGCAGUUUUGCCUCAGUAACACCUUUGGUCUGACUUUCUAUAUAGUAUUAGGGUCAUGUCCACAAAAAUAUUCCUUGGGUAGGGUGUUUCCCAUGCUGUAAGUGCUAGUGGGAUGAACAGAGUUGGCCUUUAGUCACUCUAAGCGAUUCUUUCUCUGUGUCCUACAGGCUGCUUUAUUCUUUCUUCUAUAUAAACAGCAGAAAAAGACUUGAUUAAGAGAAUUUUUAGAGGGGACAGUUAUUUUGUAUGUGUCACAGAGGACAUGCACAAAGCUGGGAUAUAAAAGCAUGCAUCCCUCAGCGAUUACACUGCUGUCACUGGUAUUGGCUUUGAUUGUUUUCUUUCCCUGCAGGUACUGGGACAUCGCUGAUAAAACAGUGUUAGUCUGAAGUGUUGGGGAAAGCUCACCACCCAUCACUCAGUUGGUGACAAGGACUAGCACAACAAGCAGGAGGGACGUUGGUCCUAGCAGACUGAAGAGCUGGGGACGUGCUGCCAGGGCAGCCCAGGUGGCCUAAAAGCACAGUGGGACCUUGGGCAGGGAUCCAUCCUUCCCCGGGCAGGGGAGGCUUUCCCUCCCUUCAGUGGGUGCAUGCCACUGAAGGAGCAUGCCACUGAAGCAUGCCCGCCUUGAAGGGGAAAACCUGGGACACCCUCCUUGCCCGCGUGGCCACUGAUGUGGUGUUUCCUCUGUUGUGGCCCAGGCAUCAGCUGCAGCAGGGGCAUGGGGAGCACCUGAUGCUGUGAGAGCAACGGGGUCUGUGGGGUGGGCACUACUACCCCUGUCUUUGCACCCUGAGCAGGGCUCUUGGUCCGUCCUGUGCUUCCCUGAUGCACGCGUAGCACAGUGUGUGUGCAGCUCCUGGCAAACCCUGGGGAAGGCUUUGGAUGUGGGUCCUGGCAUUUCCUCUGUUGCUUCAGACAACUCAUAGAAGCAUAGAAUGGUUUAGAUUGGAAGGGACCAUAAAGACCAUCCAGUUCCAACCCCCUGCCCUGGGCAGGGACACCUCCCACUAGACCAAGUUUCUCAAAGCCCCAUCCAGCCUGGCCUUGAACACCUCCAGGGAUGGGGCAGCCACAGCUUCUCUGGGCAACCUGGGCCAGGGUCUCACCACCCUCCCCAUCUUUCCUGUAGCCCCUUUAGGGACUGGAAGGGGCUCUAAGGUCUCCCUGGAGCCUUCUCUUCUCUAGGCUGAACAACUCCAAUUCUCUCAGUCUAUCUUCAUAGUAGAGGUGCUCCAGCCUCUAAUCGUCUUUGUGGCCUCCUCUGGACCCGCUCCAACAGGUCCAUGUCCUUUUUAUGUUGGGGGCCCCAGAGCUGGAGGCAGCACUGCAGGGGGGUCUCCCCAGAGCGGAGCAGAGGGGCAGAAUCCGCCCCCUCACCCUGCUGGCCACGCUGCUGGGGAUGCAGCCCAGGAUGCCGAUGGGUUUCUGGGCUGUGAGCACACAUUGCUGGCUCCUGUUGAGCUUCUCAUCCACCAACACCCCCAAGUCCUUCUCUUCAGAGCUGCUCUCCAUCCAUUCCCUGCCCAGCCAGUGUUUGUGCAUGGGAUUGCCCUGACUCAAGUGCAGGACCUUGCCCUUGGCCUUGUUGAGUUUCAUGAGGUUCACAUGGACCCAUCUCUCAUGGGACUAUACUCAUGGGAGGCACUGGAAGGGCUGACGAGACAGUUAUUGGAUGAGAAGGGAGCCUGGGGAGGCAGUGAAGGAGGAGGUGAAACCAUGUCUGAAGGGUAAAUGCUGAAAUUAGUGGAGAAUCUAGUGGAGCAGGUAUCAAGGGGAUAAAGCAGUGGAGAUGUUGGCAGUGAGAGGAACAACGUGAAAGACACUUCCAGAAAUGAUCUUUCUUACCUUUAGAAAUGUUUUAUACCUGUAAGGUAGUAGAAAAAUGUAUGCUCUAAGCAAAAAUGCUCCAGUAUUACUAACCUCCCACUGUGUUUUUAUAGGAUUCUGCUUGGAACAAGAAGUAAAUGUCUCUUAACCACCAGCACCUAAAUAUGGAUUCAUGAUUGAUUGGACCAUAUAAGCUAUUAAUUAGGUUCCUAAAGUAGACUUUUUGAGUUGGAAAUGCUUGGUGUGGCACAAAACGUGACAGUGAAAAUUGCAACAUCAGCGUCUCUGGCAAGAGUGGCUGAAGCCACAGUGAGCAACUUAUUUAUCCAGAGCAGAAAACAGUAAAAACCACCCCAAGGGAAGGAUUUGUUCAGUCUCCCAAUAGAGAUGGAAAUGAAAUUUGGUGUUUGAUAGUAAACAAAACACAACUUGGCAAAUAGUUUUGGUUUUCUAGUAUUUUUGGAACUGUUGAUUAUGUCGUUCCCUGUCGGCAAAUUCAGUUUAAGGCCCAAUCCCAUUGGUGUUGCUUAGCAUAUUCGUUAUUUUCAUUAACCUGGUUCUGGCUGGGAUAGAGUUAAUUUUUGUCCUAGUAGCUGCUGUGUUUUGGAUUUAGUAUGAGAAUAAUGUUGAGAACACAUUGUUUCAGUUGUUGCUGAGUAAUGCUUAUGUUAAGUCAAGGACUCUUUCAGCUUCCCACAGAAGCUGAGAGGAAGCAUAGACAGAAGAUGGCCAAAGCAACAUUCCAUAGCACAGACAUCAUGCUUGGUAUAUAAAUGGGGGUUGGCCGGGUGUGGGGAUCCCUGAUUGCUGCUCAGGACAAGCUGGGCAGCUGAUCAUCGGGUGGUGAGAGCAAUUAUAUUGUGUCACUUUGUUUUAUCUAUUCUUUUACCAUUAUCAUCAUCAACUCCGGUGUUACUGUUCUAUUAAACUGUCUUUAUCUCAA